CAACGCGUCCGCCCGCCUUCCGGCAUCACGCGACCGCCUCCACCUCUGCUCUUCCCUCUCUACCUCAGGGCCAGCCUGGCCCGUGAUGAGAUAUUGGGACUGGCAGCUGUGCAAGUGGUAACAGCGACGGCAAUCAUGUCCACGCCCGCGGCCAUGGCGGAGAAUAAAGCCAAGCUCAUCUCUGAAACCCGACGGAGGUUCGAAGCUGAGUAUGUGACAGAUAAGCCAGAUAAAUACGAUCCACGUGAUGUUGAAAGGCUACAACAAGACGAUAACUGGGUUGAAAAUUACUUAUUCUGGAGACAUGAUGUUAUAGAUGAAACACUGAAGAUGCUCGAUGAGAGUUUUCAGUGGAGGAAAGAAAUAGCUGUCAAUGAUCUGACUGAAUCCUCCAUUCCCAGAUGGUUAUUCGAAAUCGGUGGUAUUUAUCUCCACGGUUAUGACAAAGAAGGCAACAAGUUGUUCUGGAUCAGGGUGAAGUAUCAUAUAAAAGACCCUAAAACCAUAUUGGACAAAAAGAAGCUUAUCGCAUUCUGGUUGGAACGUUAUGCUAAGAGAGAAAAUGGGAAACCGGUAACAGUGAUGUUUGACCUGUCAGAAACUGGAAUAAAUAGCAUAGACAUGGAUUUUGUACGCUUUAUCAUCAACUGCUUUAAGGUUUAUUACCCUAAAUACCUGUCAAAAAUAGUGAUCUUCGAUAUGCCUUGGAUAAUGAAUGCUGCUUUCAAAAUUGUGAAAUCCUGGCUUGGUCCAGAAGCAGUGAGUUUGUUGAAGUUUACAAGUAAAAAUGAAGUCCAAGACUAUGUCAGUGCAGAAUACCUGCCUCCUCACAUGGGUGGAACUGAUCCUUUCAAGUAUAGCUAUCCACCACUAAUAGAUGAUGACUUCCAGACACCAUUGUGUGAAAAUGGGCCUAUUGCCAGUGAGGAUGAAACUUCAAGUAAGGAAGAUAUAGAAAGUGAUGGCAAAGAAACCUUGGAAACAAUUUCUAAUGAAGAACAGUCAGCUCUUCUGAAAAAGAUUAACUUAACCGAACCUACUUCCAAAGCAGAAGAAAAUGAAAAAGUUGAUUCCAAGGUGAAAGCUUUCAAAAAACCAUUGAGUGUGUUUAAGGGGCCCUUAUUACACAUCAGCCCAGCAGAAGAACUGUAUUUUGGAAGUACAGAAUCUGGAGAGAAGAAAACUUUAAUAGUGUUGACAAAUGUAACUAAAAACAUAGUGGCAUUUAAGGUGAGAACAACUGCUCCAGAGAAAUACAGAGUCAAGCCCAGCAACAGCAGCUGUGACCCUGGCGCAUCAGUUGACAUAGUUGUGUCUCCCCAUGGGGGUUUAACAGUCUCUGUCCAAGACCGUUUUUUGAUAAUGGCUGCAGAAAUGGAACAGUCAUCUGGCACAGGCCCAGCAGAAUUGACUCAGUUCUGGAAAGAAGUUCCUAGAAACAAAGUGAUGGAGCACAGGUUAAGAUGCCAUAUUGUCGAGAGCAGUAAACCAACCACUCUUACGUUAAAAGAUGGUAGUUUUAACGUGUCAGAUAAAACCAGUGAAGAUAUGUGUCUACAACUCAAUCGUUUACUAGAAAGCAAUAGGAAGCUCGAAGACCAAGUUCAGCGUUGUAUCUGGUUCCAGCAGCUGCUGCUUUCCUUAACAGUGCUCUCGCUUGCUUUUGUCAUCUCUUUCUUCUAUUUGUUGUACAGUUAAAGAAGUGGUGCUCAGUAGGAUACAUGGCUCUUUUGUCCAUUAGUUGAAAAAAGUAAGACCCAGAACAUCUCCAGCGUGCUACUAACAGCGUCACACAUAGUGCUUCCUAAAAGGAAAUGUGCAACACAGGGAAAUAGAUACAUGUCUUGAAAAUGAACUAUUAGAAUAAGGAAACACUGAAGAAAUUGAUCAUAAAAGCGUAUUAAGCUAGUUGUUAAAGUAAGGCAUAUCCGUUGUGUAAAUUAAUAGUUGAGGCAUAACUUAUUUUUUCCUUUUGAUUUGAGUACUUUUAAAGCUUAAGUUUUAUCUAUGUAUAUGAGCUGAACUGAAAAGUAUAACAUGCUUUGUUGCAGCCAAAAAGUGUAAUCUGCUUUUUUUAUGACAUAAUUAUUACAGCUGAGCCAACUUAUUAGCUUUUCUAUACUGUGUAUAUAGAACAUGUAUAUUGGGGGAGGUGAAAUAGAGUAAUUUCUGUAAUCAUGACUUUGUAAUUUUGAGAAUUACUUCCAGACGCUAGUCAAUAUUCUUUGGGAAUGUAAAACUAUUUAAUGCCAAACCACCUUUUGCCUUUGUUUCUUAUAUGUCUUCCUUAACAACCGGCCUUUUAUUAAUCUUGAACUUUUUAAUGAACACUCUCAGAAUUUGGGAAACGAAGUUUGGUUGGAUUUUCUUUGAAUUCUGUUAGUGAUAUGCAGAGGGAACCUCCCGUCCCACUUUCGAGUCUUUUUAAUGCCAUUUCAUGUUGCUCCUAUGGCCGGACCCUGAGCCUUUUGCUUCAUUUAUUCUAAAGGCCUGAUCCUCUAUUGCAUCCUCUUUACCCUCUUUUCUAAAUGAAAAGAGUUAAAGGUUUUUAAAUAGUUUUUGAGAUGCACAGCGGUAUCAUUCGUUUACAUUUCAGUUCCUUGUUAGAGUCAGCCAUGAAAAGGAAACUUGACAAAAGACCAGAGUAAUCUAUAAGGAUGAAGAAAAAAAGAAAAAUUGAAACUCAAACAUUCGUUGUCCUUUUAAGAGUGAAAACCGUAAUUCGUAACCAUCUAUAAAACCUUCAUGCCAGGGCUAAGUGAGUGACUUGCUUAAUACUCUGCCUUCGUCACAGUAAUACCGAGGAUCGUUCCGAAAUUCCUGAAAAGAAACACCUUGCAGGAGUAGAGGCAAAUGAAAUUAGUUUGUUUUCCUCAUAAAUACGUCCACUUUCAGUCCAUUUUGGUUCAUGUGUAAAUCUACUUUAUAGGAAAGAAAAAAUAGUCUGCUUGUAAAAUAAAUCAUGAGUUUUGAUUGAGCCAUGUUUGGAGAUUAUUUUUUUUUUUUUAUUCUGAGGUGCAGUGUAGGCAGCUUUCAUCCAGAGAGAGUCGAUGCUUCCAAAAUUGAGUUAUGAAAAAUGAUGCAAUAGACCCCCCUCAAAACUGGCCUAGGAAAUAAAACCUUAAAAGGACACUGGUCUGAUACUUUGUCUUAAUUUGGGUUUUUCUAUUUCAGUUUGCCAACUCCAGAAGUGAAAGUGACUGCAGCCCACUCUAAGUACUGUCCAUACUGCCUCCCUGUGUGUGUGCACAGCGGGGUCCCCUUAUAUGUUACAGUCCCGGUUUUAACUUAAUCUAAUCCCAAUGUGUGUCUUUUGUUCCUUGGCAAAUAAAUGAGGAAAUAGUCAAAAUUGGAAAUGUAUUGUCCUAACAGUGUCCCUUUAAUGUUUCAUAUGAAAAUUACGUUGGCUCACUAAAAUGUGCUUCCCUGACGCCUGGCCAGUUGAAUUUAUUAACAUAUCUUUUUAAUGUUUGUGUCUAUUAAAUGUGACGGUGAAAUCACUGAAAAUUAACUAUAAAAUCAAAGGCAUCCAAACUUUCGUACUUGUCAUAAUCACAUAUAUUUGCAUUCGAUUUUAUUCUGUCUUCAUUUGAUUUUAUUUAAUCACAUUUGUAGGAUUAUUAUUUUUGGUACUCUAUAAUUAAUCAUUUUAUUUCGAAUCACGUCAUUACCUGUUCACGACCAGAUUACCAAGUGUCAACAUUUAGAUUGUUUUCACUUGAAGAUGGAAAUGAAUAGAUUUUGCAUGAAAACAUUAAUGAAAUCUCAUUAGUUCGAUCUGUAAGUAGCCUAAAGAUGCAAUUGCUGGGGAGCCUAGCCUCAGAUUUCUUAAUAAUACCAUAACUUUUUAUAUCUUGCCACUAAUUUUGACUGGAUUUAAUAGCACUUUAUUGUACAAUUGCAAAAAAAUAUAUUCCUAGAAUUGUUGCCAGUGUAAUUUCUCUAAUGUUCUGGUGCUUUUCAUAUAUUUUCAGUAUUUUUAUUACUAUAUUGGUAUUUUCUUUGUAUAAAUUGAUCAAAAGAAUG